AUGGGCCUUGCAGUCUCGGGUGAGAGAGCCUUGUGGCUAAACCUGUCAGGCCUAGGUGAUGCUCAGAGGGCUGAGGUAAUGGAUGCAGCCUAUGACCCAACCAAGGGUCUCUUUGGCCCAGCCCUGGAGAGAAUGAGAGAAACAAGCACCCGCAGAAAGCAGGAGGGAGAAGCAUUCAACCUCUGCUUACCCAGAAAACCUAACUCUCAGCCCCAGCAGGUGCCAAGAGCUGGCUUUGCCGCAACAGCAGCAGCUGUGAGAGGGAGACAGAGUGGGGUCAGAAUGCAGAGAGGAGCAGGAGGCCAGCAGGGUGCCCACCAGGCCAAGGUAGAGAACCAAAGACCUUGGGGCAAGCAUUCUUUGCAGCGGCUGCUGCAAAGAACAAGCCGUCACACCCGGAGAGGGGAAAAAGAAGCGGUCAGCCUAGCACACCUGCAACGUUCUGUGUCACCCUCUCUUCUCCCCAAAGAGAAGGAAGGUGUUAGAAGGGUAACCAAAUCACUCCAAGGUUCAGGGUCUCCAGAAGUUUCCAGUUCACCAGGAGCACCUCUCAGUCUCCUCCUCCAGUUCAGGAGGACAGACUUGUGGACAAAUGGCGCAGUGUCAUCAAGCACUCCUAAGAACUCUGUCUGUGUCACCAAGCACUGCCCAGAGUCACCAGACACUUCACUGUGGUUUGGGGCGGGGGGAGCUCACGCUCUUCCCGAGGGGGAGAGCCCCAACUCCUUCCGGGAGACAGGGGUGACGUCACGCUACUGCGUCUUCAGAGGGUUACAGACUACAGUUUGCGGUAAAACCACCGAGAUUCGGCGGAGUGUUGGCUUCGGUGGCCAGUGGCGACUCAGCGAAUGUGCUGAAAGAGGAAAUAUUCUCCUGUUACACAAAAAGGCGAUCAGAGCGGUUCCGAGCGAAGAAGCUCAGCAGGGCUUUUACUCCCGCUAUUUCCUCAUCCGAAAAAGGACGGAACCUGGGGAAAGUCGUGCGGUUCCGACUCUGUCUCCGCCUCCUCGGCCUCAUGGCCUCGGUGAUAUCGGUGGUACAUUUGGGGCUGCUUAUGAUGAGAGAUUUUCAGUGGUGGGUCGCUUCUCUGCAGCUGUGCCCUCGCCGACAUCUCAGUCAUGGUGUAAAAAUAACGCAGCCGUGUAUCGCGGCUCUCCGGCCUUGGAGGAGCCCUACAGCUCGCUGGGGGGGGCGGACCUCCUGUCCAGAGGAAAUCCACUGUUCGGAGAAUGGAGGCUUCACCCACAGGUGGUGGAGCAGAUUUGGCAGAGAUACGGCCGGGCUGCCGUAGAUCUCUUCGCCUCACCAGAAAACACACAGUGCCCUCUGUUUUUCUCCCUAUCAGACGCAGAUGCGCCACUGGGCGUGGAUGCGCUGGCCCAUCCAUGGCCAAAAACUCUGCUGUGUGCUUUCCUCCCUCAGCCUGAUCUCCCCAACACUGAUCAGAGUGAGGGAUCAGGGGCUGUCACUGAUCUUAAUAGCUCCACGGUGGCCAUCCAAACACUGGAUAGCAGAAAUCAUCCAGCUUCUGGUGGACGAGCCAUGGCCACUCCCCAUCCACAGGGACCUUCUGUCUCAGGCGCGUGGGGAGAUAUACCAUCCCCAUCCAGAACAGGUUGCUCUCUGGGCCUGGCCCGUGAGAGGUGGAAUUUGAAGGCAGCAGGCAUGCCUCCGAAGGUUAUUGAAACCAUUCAGAAUGCCAGAGCCUCCUCCACUCGUUCCAUUUACAGCAGUAAAUGGUGUGUUUUUGGGGAGUGGUGCCAUGAAAAGCAGAUUAUCCCUUUUCAGUGUUCAGUGGUGGAGCUGUUGUGUUUUCUUCAGGACUUGCUGGACAAAAGGAGAGCUUUUUCCACCAUAAAGGUCUAUUUAGCAGCUAUUUCAGCCUGCCACGUGGGUUUUGGUGAUAAACCUGCUGGUCAGCACCUCGUAUGUCGCUUCAUGAGAGGGCGUCGAACGCUCCCAGUUUCUAGACCACUGGUCCCUUUAUGGGAUCUGUCAGUCGUUUUGGACGCCCUCUCCCACCACCCCUUUGAGCCCAUUGGGGCAGUGGGGUUGAAGUUUCUCUCUCUUAAAACCACUCUGCUGUUGGCUCUAACCACAGCCAAGCGAGUUAGUGAAUUACAGGCUCUGUCUAUUCACCCCUCUUGUCUACAGCUGGCCCCAGGACUGACUAAAGCACGCCUGAGGCCUAACCCUGCCUUUGUCCCUAAAGUGUUGGAAACGUCAUACAGGUGCUCUACAGUAGAGCUCCUGGCUUUUCACCCCCCUCCAUUCUCUUCAGAGACGGAGCAGAGGCUGAACACUUUGUGCCCUGUGCGGGCGUUGGGGACUUAUCUUGACAGAACAGCUGGAUUCAGGAAGUCGGAUCAGCUGUUUGUUUCCUGGGCCUCCCCUCACAAGGGCAGGCCCUUAUCACGCCAGAGGCUAGCUCAUUGGAUUGUAGAGGCCAUAGCUCUGGCUUAUAGCUGUAAGGGCUCGCAGGCCCCCCCGGGACUUCGAGCUCACUCCACUAGGGGUGUGGCCACAUCCUGGGCUUUGUUCAGAGGUGUAUCAGUCCAGGAUAUUUGUGCGGCAGCAAGCUGGGCUACGCCGCACACGUUUGUCCGGUUUUAUCGGCUGGAUGUUGCACAGUCAUCCCUGGCUCAGGCAGUGCUGGAUUCUGGUGCCUCAGGUUCGACCUGAGAUCCUGGAGUAGUACUGGAGAGUGGCUUCGGGAGCUGGCACAAUCCGGGAGUGGGCCAUAUCUCCCAUAGUGAAACACCGAGCGAAGUUAGAAAAAGAACGUUGGGUUACUUAACGUAAUCCCUGGUUCUUUGAUAAGAGAGUGAGGUGUUUCACCAACACUUCCCUCCUUGCUUAGGCACGGAAAGAAAUCUGCUUGGAAUGAGAUAGGAGGAGCUGGUCGGCCGUGUUAGUAUGAGGGGGCGGAGCCCUGAGCACGGCUCGACAGGUCUGUCAGAGACAGACGUGGUGUCAUUGGAGCUUCCGU